UAUCUGCACCAUGCGCCGAAUACUCUGAAGUUUUUUUUAGCUACAAAGAGAAAUCACCGGUGUUAACCUAUCGUUGUUUCAAAAGAGUACGAGCAAAAGUUGUUUACUGUUGUUGUUGUUGUUUCGAACGCCGAAGAUGUUUCCUCGUCUGUGCAAACUUUGUUUCACAGUGGCCGACGAAUCGAUUGUCAACAUUCGCAGAUCGGCAAUACACUCUAGAUCCGUGCAGAUUUAUGAUCACGAAAGAAAGAUCGAUCCAGCGGAUCAGGAUGACAAUGAAGCACUCGACAAACCCAAAGCCAAAAGAAAAUUGAUAAUAAAAUCAAGAAGGCCAGAGUUCAACUUUUACGAAGGAGAUGUGUAUCCGAAAUUUGAGACCAUACCUUUGGUAACCAGAGGAUGGCAUCAUCGAGAUUCUAGGGGUGAUCAUUUCACCAUUUAUCCAAUGACAUAUCAAAAUGAAGAGACCGUACAAACAAAGUUUAAUUUUAGUGAUCUUGAAUUGAACCAAACAAUUCUGAAAAAUCUUGAAGAACAAAAUAAGGUACAUCCGACACUGAUUCAAAAGAAAGGAAUUCCAAAAAUCCUUAGAGGAGAGAGCGUGGUAAUGACAGCUGAAACAGGAUCUGGCAAAACGUAUGCCUACUUGAUUCCAUUGAUACAACAAUUAUUGGAUUGGAAACCUUAUAAUGAAAAUAAUUUUAAUAAGCCUUUGGGACUUAUUCUUACGCCGAGCAGAGAAUUGACUCAACAAAUUUCUAAAGUAGCAAAACAAUUAUGCAAAGGUCUCGAUAUAAAGAUUGGCACACUAGUAGGGGGUCAUUUAAAACAGAGGAUAUCUAAUCCCCAUGUAGGAGAAGUUGAUUUACUUAUUGCGACUUCUGGAGUAUUAGGUAGAUUAGUAGGUACCAGGAUUUAUAAAUUGGACAAUGUUAGACACGUUGUUGUUGAUGAAGCUGAUACUUUGUUAGAUUCUACUUUCAUUGAUGAAACAUGUAGCAUAUUGAAAAAAAUUAAAUUUCAAUCUGGCGAUGAAAACUUAUUUGAAGAAAAAUUUCCAAGAGCUGCUCAACUAACUCUGAAUUCAGCCACAGUUCCUCAAGACUUGCCUAAUUUACUUCAAAAUAUUGUAAAUACGGACACUCUUACUAGAGUAGUCACUGGAAACCAACAUCAGAUAAAUGUUCCACAAAAAUUUUUAAGGGUUGGAAAAUCAGAUAAGCCAAUGAUGCUCUUGAAACAUUUGAAAUCUAAAAUCAAAAAUAAAACCCCAAUUAUUAUAUUUUGUAAUAAUACUGCCACUUGUGACUUCACAAAAAUAUUUCUCAAACAAUUCAAUGUUGAUUCCGUUAAUUUACAUGGAAAAAUGCCAUUAGAAGUGAGAAAAGGAAAAUUUUUGAAAUUUCAAAAUGGUCAGGUCAAUAUUUUAACCACCACAGAUGCAGGAUCAAGAGGUCUUGAUACAAUUUAUGCCAAAGAAAUCAUUAACUUUGACUUUCCUCUUAUAACUGCAGAAUACAUUCAUAGGUGUGGUCGAUUGGGCAGAAUUGGAAGCCCAAUGGAAUGUAGAGUACUUAAUUUCAUCAGUGGGGGUUUGGAAGUAGUUAUGAGUGCUAAAAUUGAAUUCGCAGUCAGAAAAAUGCACCCAAUCCCAAUGGUUGAUUUGAUACAUGAUGGUAAAAGUGAAGGCGGUGAAUUCUUAAAACAUACUACCACAGUAGGAGGUAAUGACGAUGAAGAAGACGAUAUUGAAUUAGAAGAAAAUGGUGGAUCAUUUGUUGUACCUCAUUAAAUAGUCAAGUGUUCAUAAUUUGUACAUUGUAUGUAAAUAUUUGCUAUUGCUGUUUUUAUAAAUUAUUGUU